UCGAAAAUUAAAUCGAAAUAUAUGUCAUGCAAUUGAAAAACUUGCCGAAAAAAAUGAUUACGCUUUUAAAAAGUAGAUAAACCAGGUAUGAUGGCAUAACUCCAAAGUAUUCUUUUCAUGCUUCAUUUAUUUAAGAUGAAUAAGUAACUAGGAAAGACUGCAAUAAAGAAUGAAUUGAUAUUUAAUGAUUAAGGUAGACGUAUUUAGCGUUUCCGCACACUGGUUAGAGUUAAAGGUGUAACCUGUAUUUGAACAUUUUCUUAUAAGGGUUUUAUUAUGUCACGUAAACGUGAGGAUGAAUAAAUAGCAUUCCUUUCAAAUUCUUCACUCUAUAGAAUGGAAACCUACACGCCAGCCAAACUUGCUUACAGGGUAUUUGAGCCUUCAACUGGUACAGAUGAUAAGUUGAAUCCUGUAAUAUUCCUUCACGGAGUCACAGGAGCGAAAGAGAAUUGGGGUGAUAUUCCUCAAACCAUCGCAGAUGGAACAAAACGAAAGGCAUUCGCUGUUGAUUUCAGAAAUCAUGGAGAGAGUGAAUAUUGUGAAGUUUUCAAUUUUAAAGUGAAUAUUGAUGAUUUAUUUCAUUUUAUGGAUACAGUCAACAUUCCUAAAGCUGCAAUUGUUGGGCAUAGUAUGGGCGGCAUCACAGCUAUAGGAGCUUCCCUGAAAAAACCGGAACGGAUUGAAAUGAUUAUUGUAGAAGAUAUGUUCACGAAGACAAUUUCCCAAAAAAGUUGUGAGUCCAUUCUAGAUUCGAUAAACAUGCGUAUAUUAUUGAUUCAAAGCAUCCCCGGUCAUUUGAAUGAUACAGAGGCUAUCAAAUUUCUUCUUGAUACUAUAUUCACUCACAUUCCAGAACAAAACUGGCCCUUCACUAAGACGUCUGAUUUGUAUGAUAUGAAAAUUCCUUUUGUCCGACGAGAAGAUGGCGGACUUGAUGUUAAAUUCGAUAAGGAACGGAUUAGGAAAUCUCUGCAAGACAGUCAAAAUCUAAUGGAUGAACCAAGUGGCCAGUAUCACGGACCAGCACAUUUUCUUUAUGGGAGUCGAUCUUCAUUAUUAGUAGGAAAUGAAAAAGAACACAUAAAAAAGUACUUCCCAAGAGCAGAGUUCUUUGAAUUUGAAAAUGCUACCCAUUAUAUUCACAUGGAAUACCCCAAAGAAUUUUCGAACAAAGUUGUGCACAUCAUUAGCAAAUUAUGACAUGCUUAUUUUUGUAUAUAACAUUGUUUUAUAAUUUAUCAUUCAAUAAAUUAUUUCUUUGUUUUGUUA